AUGGAAAGUUCUAACUCAAAGGAAACAAACGGGCGUAAAUGUCAGUCCGAAGAUGCUACGAUUCACAUACCAAAGAUUCUCGAUCCAAAAGUGGAACCGUUAUUUUCCUUACCGUCGGACUUGAUAAGCUUUAAAAAAUAUAAAAGAAAAGGAGAAGAGCCAAGUAGACCAAAAGAAAAGUUUCGGGAGACUUCUUACACUGCAAAACGCAUCCGCGAGGAAAAGUUUCGCAGAUACAUGGUUGGUUUAAUAGUGAAACCGGAAUUGCCGGAGAAAGACGUGGAUCUUAGCGACGAUAAGGACGUGAACCGAUAUUACUGUUAUAUCUCCAACGGGGUCGAUACAAUUCAUACAGCUAGUAUCGAGGAGAUUUUUACAACGAUACUCGAUUUGGUUCCCAGCGAUCUGCGCGAUCAGUUUGCCGAUUUUACGAAUAAACUGAUGCUCGAGAUCAAAGAGGACUUUACGCGUAACAUCAAGAAGGCCAUCGUCAAGUUUGCGCUCGCCAAACCUUUCGAGGAAUAUGAUUCCGCUGACGCAAUCGAGGAAGAUCGUCGAUAUGUUCAGCUCGAUUUGCGAAAACACAUGAGUCAUUGUCACGAGAUUUUGCGUGUUGAUCUGCACUUGAUAAAUCCAUGCAUGCGAAUGACUCUGGAUCAGUGGAUCUGUGAUUACAGACAAUUUCGACUGAUUAAUUUAAAGUACGUCGAGAAAAGCUGGGAUUUGACAAAUUUUCACAACUCGUUUGUUCGCCAGAUUGUCGCUGGUCAGCGGAUAUUGAGAAAUAACUGGUACAUUGGGAUUCAAGAAAUAUUUUUCGCGAAUAAUAAAAAGAAUCUAGUGCCUAGUCCGCUGCAACGCAGACAAUUCAAACGUUUCUUUGAUUGCGCCGCCAAGUUGAUGGAAUCGCAGCUUUUGCAAGCUUGCAAACGUUCGCUGCGAGAUUUCGUUAAUUACAUCGUAAACGGCAAGCCAGUGAGCUGCUUCUUUAAAGUAAGCAUCGUUGUGAUUUCCAACGAGCUCACCUUUGUGCCGGGCUUCGACAAAUUCAAAGAAUCGCUUCGCGACAUUCUUGGAGCGAUAUGCGACGCUGUAAGGGAUUUCAAGAGAUUGGAGACCGAGCUUUAUCUCGACUGGGCAGGACCGCAAACACACCUCAAGCCGCAGAUAUCGAAGGAAAUCGUGGGGCAGCUCGCGACACGGCUGAAUCAGCUGAUCGAUCAAGAAAAAAUAAUUCCGGAACAGAAGAUGGCGGAGUUAAUAAAAUAUGCACAUUUCUACAACGACGAGGAGUACAAUCGCGUGCAGGUCUUUCUGCAAGACGAAAACCAAAAGUUAGCAAACUACGCAAAGAAAAUCAAGUAUUAUCACGAUUUUGCGGUGAACAUCCCGCUCGAGAUCGAGAGAACGAUCUUUGCGGGACUGUUCGAAGUUUCUCAUGCUCCUUUUGUUAAUACCGUCGUGGAGAACGUCAAGAACCUCGAGGGACUUUUAAUUCGCCGCCUUGUUGAUAAUUAUCAAACUACAGCAAAGAACGCGAUAGCGGAAUAUGAAGCAAUAGCGGAACGAGCUCUGUCUCCGCCUCCGAACACCGCGGAGUUGAUGAAGCUCAUCAAGUUUGUUCGAACUACCAGUGACGUUAGUCUAAAGAGUCUGGAACUUAGGUUGCUGGACAUGAUCGAUCAUAUCACGUUUCUCUCGGACUAUUGGCUGCUCACGGAGAGCGAGAUAAGUAACAACAACACGGCUUUCCAGUGGUAUCACAGAAUGCUUCAAAUCUUGGAGGACAGCCGAACGAUUAUCGAGAACAAGACUCAAGAAUAUCAAGAGGCUCUCAAAGUCAGAUACAAGAAGUUCGAAGAAGAGCUGGACUCGUAUGCGAAGCAAGUGGACGAAAUGCAAGAUUGGGGCGAAUACGAAGAGAUACAUCGAUAUCAACGUAAGGCGCAGAUAUUGGAGAAUCGGCUGAUCGCGGCGAUGGACAAGAUCGAUAAGUUUAACGAAGAAGAAGUUGCCUUCGGCUGGGAGAUCACGCAGUACCCUCUUCGAAAACGCAUUGCUGAUCGUUUGACGCCUUUCAAAAAACUCUUCGACGCCGCGUCCGAGUUUCUGACAAAAUAUGACAAGUGGAUAAACAGCACGAUCGGCAGUUACGAACCUGAAGAGAUCGAGAGCGACAUAGGACAGUUUUACAGAACGAUUUACAAGUUGGAGAAAUCGUUUCAAGAACCGAAAGUGCGAGAACUAGCUGUCGCGAUUCUUGAUAAGAUUGAAGAAUUCAAGGAACGAAUGCCGGUGAUAAUGACCCUCGGCAAUCCGGGGAUGAAACCGCGGCAUUGGGAGCAGAUCUCGGCAAUUGUGGGCGUGCCCAUCAGAGUCGAUCCUGACUUAACUCUGGGCAAGGUUCUGGCAAUGGAUUUAGAUGCUUAUGUUGUGCGGUUCGAAGGUAUCUCCGAGGCCGCCACGAAAGAGAGCACUCUGGAGAAAACCAUAGACAAGAUGCAACGAGACUGGACCGACCAGGUCUUCACGGUGAAUUCUUACAAGGACACCGGCACUUAUGUCAUCGCCGGCGUUGACGAGAUACAGCUGUUGCUCGACGAUCACGUUACGAAGACCGUCACCAUCAAAAACUCGCCGUAUCUCAAGCCUUUUGAAGUCAGAGUACUCAAAUGGGAAAAGACGUUGCACCUGCUGGAAGAUAUUUUGAUUCAGUGGUUGAAAGUUCAAGGCACUUGGAUGUACAUGGAACCGAUCUUUACUUCACCGGAUAUUCAACAACAGAUGCCAGAAGAGGGAAGGAAGUUCGCGCAGGUCGACAAAAUAUGGCGGGAUAUCAUGAAGAACGUUUACGGCGAUCCGCAUGUUCUCGUCGUCAUCGAAAUAGAUAAGAUGCUGGAACGUUUGAGAAAGGGUUUCGGACUGUUGGAGCUGAUUCAGAAAGGACUAAACGAAUAUUUGGAAAGAAAGCGGCUUUUCUUUCCCAGAUUUUUCUUUCUCUCCAACGAAGAACUGCUGGAGAUACUCUCCGAGACGAAGGAUCCUAAACGGGUGCAGCCACAUCUGAAGAAAUGUUUCGAGGGCGUAGCGCGAUUGAAGUUUGACGAGGAUCUCGAUGUAUUAGCGAUACGAUCCAGGGAGGGCGAGGAAGUCACUAUUCUGGAAAUAAUAUCCACCACCGCCGCAAGGGGACAAGUGGAAAAAUGGCUAAUUCAGUUGGAGACGGAAAUGCGAAAAAGCGUGCAGCACAUGGUGCAUCAAGCGAUUCUGGCGUAUCACAUGAAAAAGAGGACCGAAUGGGUUCUCGAGUGGCCGGGUCAGACCGUGCUCUGCGUGGGUCAGACAUACUGGACGCAACAGGUCGAAGAGGCCAUGUUAAAAGGAGCGAGCGGCUUGAAGAGAUACUUGGACCAAUGCCAGCAGGAGUUGAACGAUAUUAUCCUGCUGAUCAGGGGAACUCUUUCGAAGCAAAAUCGCAUCACUCUAGGUGCACUGGUCACCUUGGACGUUCACAGCAAGGACGUUCUUGCGGAAUUAUACAAAGAAAAAGUAGUGAAGAAUACCGACUUCAAGUGGUUGUCUCAACUUAGAUAUUAUUGGAUAGAAGAAAAUAUGUGGGCAUACAUGAUCAAUUCUUAUAUACGUUAUGGCUAUGAAUACCUCGGCAACACGGGACGCUUAGUGGUCACUCCGUUGACAGAUCGAUGUUAUCGCACCCUCUUCGGUGCUCUGAGCCUUCAUCUGGGCGGCGCACCAGAAGGACCGGCCGGUACCGGCAAAACUGAGACUACGAAAGAUCUAGCAAAGGCGGUGGCAAAGCAGUGCGUGGUCUUUAACUGUUCCGAAGGCCUCGACUACAUCGCGCUCGGCAAGUUCUUCAAGGGACUCGCUUCGUGCGGCGCCUGGUCUUGCUUCGACGAGUUCAAUCGCAUCGAUUUGGAGGUUCUUUCGGUCGUAGCGCAGCAGAUUUUGACAAUACAGUGCGCGAUCAACGCUGGCUCCGAAAAAAUGAUCUUCGAGGGCACGGAUAUCUUUCUCGAUCCCACCUGCGCGGUUUUCAUUACGAUGAAUCCGGGUUACGUCGGUCGAACCGAGCUGCCGGACAAUCUCAAGGCUCUCUUUAGACCCGUGGCCAUGAUGGUGCCAGAUUACGCCCUCAUCGCGGAGAACACUUUGUAUUCUUACGGUUUCUACAACGGCAGACCUUUGGCCGUGAAGAUCGUCACCGCUUACAAGCUCUGCUCGGAGCAGCUCAGCAAUCAGCAUCAUUACGAUUACGGCAUGAGGGCUGUUAAGUCCGUUCUGAUCGCUGCUGGCAACUUGAAACUUCGCUAUCCCGAGGAGUCCGAGAAUAUCUUGAUGUUGAGGAGCAUUCUAGAUGUUAACCUGCCGAAGUUCUUGGUACAUGAUUUGCCGCUCUUCGAGGGAAUAGCUUCGGAUCUGUUCCCCGGUGUUGUUCUGCCAACACCGGACUACACGCACAUUAACGCGUGCGCACGGGACGCGUGCAAAGCGGCAAAUCUACAAUGCACAGAUCACUUUCUGGAGAAGAUCCAGCAGAUCUACGAGAUGAUGAUCGUGCGCCAUGGUUUUAUGAUCGUCGGUCUGCCGUUCGGCGGCAAAACGUCGGCGUACAAGAUGCUGGCAGACUGUCUUGGUUUUAUGGAGGAUCGGGAAUUGAUGGACGAGCAUCGGGUGGAGAUCACCGUCAUCAAUCCAAAAGCCAUCACCAUGGGUCAGUUGUAUGGUCAGUUCGAUCCUGCGUCUCACGAAUGGAGCGACGGCGUUCUGGCAGUGGCUUAUCGUGCCUUCGCCACCUCUACCAAUCUCAAUAGAAAGUGGCUGGUCUUUGACGGACCAGUGGACGCUAUUUGGAUCGAGAACAUGAACACGGUGCUGGACGACAACAAAAAGCUCUGUCUCACUUCCGGGGAAAUAAUUGCUCUGGCUCCCACAACCAACUUGAUUUUUGAACCUAUGGAUUUGGAGGUUGCGUCGCCAGCUACGGUAUCGCGAUGUGGCAUGAUCUAUAUGGAACCAGUGAGUCUAGGUUGGACGCCGCUUUUGACUUCUUGGCUGAACACACUGCCAGCUACUUUUGGCGACGAGAUUAAAAGCCACUUGGAGAACAUGUAUCUGCGAUUUUGUCCGCCUCUGUUGCAUUUAAUUCAUUAUUCCGGUGUAAAACACAUGAUAACGAUGCCGGAUUCCAAUCUAACGCGCUCAGUCAUGUAUCUGUUCGAUUGCUUCCUAGAUGAUCUUUCCGACAACAAAUAUGUGAGCGCACUCUCAGACCUGGAAAUGAGAGCACAAGUAGAAGGUAGCUUUUUCUUCUCAUGCAUUUGGUCGAUGGGCGUAACCCUCAUGAUCGAUUACCGUGAUUGGUUCAAUUUGCUAUUCAGAGCGCUGCUGGCUCGCGAAUUUCCGGAAAACGUGCGAAAGCAUUUCGAUGUUUCGCCGAAAAUUGGCAAGCCAAAAAUACCUUACGUAGUUCCGAUACCAGAUGCAGGUUCGGUUUUCGACUACAAGUUCGUCAAAGAAGGCAAGGGCAGAUGGACACCCUGGUUGGAUGAUCUAAAAGACGUUCCCCCGAUCCCCAGGGACAUGCCGGUGAAUCAAAUCAUCAUCUCUACAGUGGAGACUGUUCGUUACUUCCAUCUCUUCCGAUAUCUCGUGCGCCAUCAUAAGCCGGUUCUUUUAGUUGGUCCGACCGGAACUGGCAAGUCUGUUUACAUCAUGGAUUUCUUGCUAAAGAGAAACAAUCCCGAGAUCUUCAAACCUCUUUUUGUCAUAUUUUCGGCACAAACCACGGCCAAUCAGACGCAGGAUAUUAUCAUGAGCAAGCUGGACAGAAGAAAGAAAGGUCUAUACGGUGCGCCUCCUGGUCAACACUGGGUGAUCUUUGUGGACGACGUGUCGAUGCCACAGAAGGAAGUGUACGGCGCGCAACCACCGAUCGAGUUGCUGCGCCAAUGGCUCGAUCAUUGGACCUGGUACGAUUGGAAGGAAGUGGCGCCGAUCCAUCUCGUGGACGUUCAGCUGAUUUGCGCGAUGGGACCGCCGGCGAGCGGGCGUGAUGUCACGCCGCGAUUCAAGCGACAUUUUGUCACUCUGGCGAUUCCCGAGUUCGACGACGAAGUUCUGGUUACCAUCUUCAGCAGAAUAACCGCCUGGCACUUCGUCUCGCGCGACUUUCCCGAUUUCUUCAAUCGGUGCAUUGAUUAUCUGGUCUACGGCACGCUGGACAUAUACAAGGAGACCAGAAAGUAUCUGCUGCCGACACCUGCCAAGUCGCAUUAUCUCUUCAAUCUGCGAGACUUCUCGCGAGUCAUUCAAGGCGUGCUGCUUUCCACUCCGGAAGCCAUUGAAGAUACGAUGGCUAUGAAACGACUGUGGGUUCACGAAGUGCUGCGAGUUUAUGGAGACCGUUUGGUGGACGAGACCGACAGCAAGUGGUUGGUGAAACAACUUCGCAAGACUAUUCGAGAGCGCAUGGAGGACGACAUAGAUUAUAUUUUCGAAGAUCUUUUGGAUCAUCCGGGCGCGGAGCUGACGGAGAUAAAUUUGCGAAACCUGCUCUAUUGCGAUUUCCACGAUCCGAUCGCCGAUCAAAAAGUUUAUCUCGAAAUUGUGAAUUGGGAUGUACUUACUGAUGUGGUAAAGGAGUAUAUUGAGGAAUACAACGAUAUCUCGAACACAUCCAUGAAUCUAGUGCUCUUCAGAUUCGCAAUAGAACAUUUGUCAAGAAUCUGUCGCGUGAUGAUGCAGCCGCGCAGCCACGCGCUUCUAGUCGGCAUGGGCGGUUCCGGACGACAGUCCCUGACAAAACUCGCGGCACACAUAUCCGACUACGAGCUCUUCCAAGUGCAGAUAUCUCAACAAUACGGCACGUACGAAUGGCACGAGGAUCUGAAGGUUGUUCUACAAAAAAGCGCCGCAAGCGAUUUGCAUACGGUUUUCCUUUUUUUGGACACGCAAAUCAAAGAAGAAGGUUUUCUCGAGGACAUUAGCAACCUUCUGAAUUCCGGCGAAGUGCCGAAUCUCUUCGCGACUGACGAGAAAUCCGAGAUUUGCGAGAAGAUGCGGGUUAUCGAUCGACAGAGAGAUAGGGCCUUGCAGACAGAUGGCAGUCCGGUGGCACUUUUCAACUUCUUCGUGGAGACAGUGCGCGAACAACUGCACGUGGUUGUGACGAUGUCGCCGAUCGGCGCCAACUUUCGCACGCGGAUCCGCAAGUUUCCCGCCUUGGUGAACUGUUGCACUAUCGAUUGGCUACUUCCAUGGCCGGAAGAUGCUUUGCUCGCAGUGGCCACCACUUUUAUGAGCGAGAUCGACAUGCCGACGGACGAGCGUCACGCUUGUAUCGAAAUGUGUCGGUACUUCCACACGUCCACGCAGGAUCUCACAAAGGAUUUUUUGCGCCAGUUGAAUCGGCACAACUACGUCACGCCAACCUCCUAUCUCGAGCUCAUCAAUACCUUCAAGGACUUGUUGGAUCAGAAGAGAAGAGAGGUGUUGAAUGGCAAAAAGAGAUACGAGGCCGGGCUUGGCAGGCUCGAUAUGACGCACAAACAGGUCGGCAGAAUGCAAGAGAUUCUGGUGGCGCUUAAACCAAAAUUAUUGAUAACCGCGAAGGAGGUGGAAACCAUGUUUUUGGACGUGCAACGCGAGAACGAGGAAGCUAGCGCGAUGGAGCAAGUUGUUAAAAAGGACGAGGAAGCUGCUAUGAUUGUUGCCGCGGGAGCUGAAGUAAUUCGCGCUGAGUGCGACGCGGAUCUUCAGGAAGUCAUGCCGAUACUCGAAGCGGCAAAUGCCGCUUUAAAUACUUUGACUCCCCAGGACAUUCAGAUCGUUAAGUCUAUGAAACGUCCGCCGGCCGGCGUGCGUUUGGUCAUGGAAGCAGUUUGCAUUCUAAAGGAUAUAAAACCAGAAAAAGUGCAAACUCCGGAAGGCAUAGCGGACGAUUACUGGAAGCCGUCGCUGCGCAUUCUCGGCGACAUACACUUUUUGGAGUCGCUGCUGAAUUACGACAAGGAUAACAUUCCCGAGCGAAUUAUGACGAAGAUCCGCACGACAAUUUUGACGAAUCCGAACUUCGAUCCGGAACGCAUCAGGCAAGUCUCGACUGCCUGCGAAGGUCUUUGUCGCUGGGUGUUUGCUCUGUCCGAGUACGACAAGGUUGCUAAAGUGGUGGCCCCGAAGAGAGCAGCUCUGGCCCAAGCCGAGCGUGACUACGCCCUGGCAAUGGAACAGCUAGAACUGAAAAGAAGUCAGCUGCGGGAACUGCGAGAGAGACUGGCCAGACUUGAAACACUGCUGGCAAAACGAAGAACCGAAUACAAGACAAUGACCGACGAAGUAAAAGAUUGCGAAGAAAAGUUGAGAAGAGCCGAAGAAUUAAUCGGAGGUCUUGGUGGCGAGUAUACCAGAUGGUCUGAGACGGCUAAAUCGCUUGGAGAAAAAUAUCACAGAUUAACAGGUGAUAUUCUGAUCGGUGCCGGAAUAGUGGCUUAUCUCGGCGUUUUCACGAUGCAAUAUCGCCAACGACAGGUGGAAAACUGGGUGCGAACGCUCACGAAUCUGAAGGUUAUCUGCACCCAAGACUUCCAACUCACGCACGUGUUGGGCGAUCCGGUGCUCAUUCGGUCCUGGAACAUAUUCGGUCUGCCAAAUGACCUGUUCUCCAUCGACAAUGGCAUCAUCGUCACAAAUUCACGUCGCUGGCCGCUGAUGAUCGAUCCACAAGGUCAGGCGAAUAAGUGGAUAAAAAACAUGGAGAAAGCAUCGAACUUAAGCGUGAUUAGACUCACGCAACCGGAUUAUGUGAGAAUUCUGGAAAACGCCGUGCAAUUCGGACAGCCGGUGUUGCUGGAAAACAUUGGCGAGGAACUGAAUGCAAUCCUAGAGCCGUUGCUUAUGAAACAGACCUUCAGAUCUGGCGGUGCGCUCUGCAUCAAGAUCGGCGACAGUAUUAUUGAGUACUCCGAGAAAUUUCGGUUUUACAUCACUACAAAAUUGCGAAAUCCGCAUUAUCUACCAGAAGUGGUGGUGAAAGUGACUCUGUUAAACUUCAUGAUCACUCCAAUUGGUCUGGACGAUCAGCUUCUGGGCAUAGUUGUCGCGAAGGAAAGACCCGACUUGGAAUCCGAGAAGAAUCAAUUAAUAAUUCAGAGCGCGGAUAAUAAAAAAAUGUUGAAAGAAAUAGAGAACAAGAUUUUGGAGGUGCUGUCGAAGUCGAAGGAGAAUAUUCUCGAGGACGAAACGGCUAUCAACGUGUUGAGUUCCUCAAAGAACUUGGCCAAUGAGAUCGAGAUCAAACAAACUGCGGCCGAGGUCACCGAAAAAUCCAUUGACGCCGCAAGAUUGCAAUACACGCCGAUUGCAGUCUACACCACUGUUCUCUUCUUCACAAUUGCCAUGUUGGCGAAUAUCGAUCCGAUGUACCAAUACUCUCUCGUCUGGUUCGUCAAUCUUUUCAAGAAUACGAUUGACAACACGCCGCAGGUAGCGGACAUAAAGCAGCGUCUGAAGGACCUCACCAGAUGCUUCACCUAUUCCCUAUACGUCAACAUAUGCCGCUCGCUCUUUGAGAAAGACAAACUGCUCUUCUCGCUUCUGUUGUCCGUGAACUUGCUGAACAAGCAGAGCCAGCUCUCGAUGGCCCAGUGGAUGUUUCUGCUGACCGGCGGCGUCAGCCUGGAGAAUCCCUUUGUUAAUCCAACCGAAUGGCUACCGACGAGAUCUUGGGAUGAGCUGUGCCGAUUGGACGACGUGCCAGGAUUCUCGGGAAUAAAGAACUCGUACACGAGAAAUAUCGACGAGUGGAAGAAGGUGUUCGAUCACAGAGAGCCUCACAUUAUCUCUUUUCCCGCGCCUUGGAACGAACUGAGCCGCUUUGAAAGAAUGCUGGUACUUCGUUGCAUACGUCCCGACAAGGUCGUACCGUCGGCGCAAUUAUUCGUAGAAGAACAAUUGGGACGACAAUUUAUCGAACCACCGCCUUUCGAUUUGGUGGCCUCUUACGCGGAUUCACAUUCUUGCAUCCCGUUAAUAUUUGUUCUGACACCCGGUGCGGAUCCGAUGGCGAUUCUAUUGAAAUUUGCCGACGAUCAAGGUUUCGGUACCAGCAGGCUGUUCUCGUUAUCCCUGGGCCAAGGACAGGGCGUUAUUGCCGAGGCUCUCAUUGACGAGGGUGUGAAAAACGGAACCUGGGUGGUGUUGCAAAAUUGUCACGUUGUCAAGAGUUUCAUGCCCGUUUUGGAAAAAAUAUGCGAGAGUUUUACGAGGGAAACGGUGCAUCCCGACUUUCGAUUGUGGCUGACGAGUUAUCCGUUCGAGCACUUCCCGAUCAGUGUUUUGCAGAACGGGGUAAAAAUGACAAACGAGCCCCCGAAAGGGUUGCGCGCGAACAUGCUGCGAUCCUUCAAUCAGGAUCCGAUAUGCGAUCCCGAUUUCUUCAACACGUCGAGGCAGAACAAGAAUUUCAAGCGACUGUUGUUUUCGCUCUGCUUCUUCCACGCGAUCGUGCAGGAGCGCCGGAAGUUCGGACCGAUCGGUUGGAACAAUCAGUACGAGUUCAACGAGACGGAUUUGCGCGUCAGCGUGUUGCAGCUGAAAAUCUUCCUCGAUCAGUACGACGACGUUCAGUUUACCGCGCUCAAGUAUCUAACGGGCGAAUGCAAUUACGGCGGUCGCGUGACCGACGAGUGGGACCGACGGACCCUGAAUACGAUUCUGGCGCAGUUCUAUCACGACGACGUGGUCGCGACUGACCGAGAAUAUCUAUUCGAUCCAAGCGGUCUUUAUUACGUACCGCCGGUCAGCGAGUAUAGUCAAUUUCUGGAUUACGUGAGAGAAUUGCCGAUGACCACCGCGCCUAGUGUCUUCGGCAUGCACGAGAACGCCGACAUCAUCAAGGACCAGCAAGAAACUUACCUCAUGUUGUCCUCCGUUCUGAGCACGCAGGAUACCGGAAGAACGGACGCGGACGCCGCGAAAUCGCCGGAUGAAAUUGUUUACGGCAUUUCGUCCGACAUCCUGUCGAUGCUGCCGCAAGACUUCGACCUAGUGGCCAGCUUGAACAAAUAUCCUACGUUGUACGAGCAAAGCAUGAAUACCGUGCUGGUUCAAGAGAUGGACAGGUUCAACAAGCUGCUGCGGACUAUCAGAAGCAGUCUCGUGAACAUCCAAAAAGCGAUCAAAGGUUUGGUGAUCAUGGAUCUCAGUCUCGAGGAAGUGUAUUCGUCAAUCAUCGUUGGCAGAAUACCUCAGAUGUGGAUGACGAAUUCUUAUCCAUCUCUGAAGCCGCUUGGAAGUUACAUACACGAUUUUCUAAAGAGGCUGAAUUUUCUUCAAACUUGGUACGAUUCAGGAGCGCCUACGUCAUUUUGGAUCUCCGGUUUCUACUUCACACAAGCGUUUCUGACGGGAGUUCGUCAGAAUUACGCGAGAAAAUAUUCCAUCCCCAUCGACCUGCUCGUCUACGAUUUUUUUCCGUUGAAAGACGUCGUUUUCGAAAAUCCGCCGGACGACGGAGUGUACGUUUACGGACUAUUUCUCGACGGGGCGCGCUUCAAUAUGAGCACAAUGAAGCUCGACGAGUCCUUUCCGAAAAUUCUUUACGACACCGUGCCUUACAUCUGGAUGUUGCCAGUAACGAAGGAUCGAGUACAAGUCAAGGACACGUACACGUGUCCCGUGUACAAGACGAGCGAGAGAAAAGGUGUUCUUUCCACCACCGGUCAUUCGACCAAUUUCGUUAUCGCGAUUUGGCUGCCGUCGUCGCAUCCGCCGAAACACUGGAUCCUGCGGGGCACCGCGAUACUGUGCGCGUUGUCGGAAUAAU